GGGUUUGUUUACUUUGUUGUUUUUCGUAUCUUGUCGAAGUGUCUUGUGUGGUGUAUGUUUACAACUUGUUUACGCUAGCGCUCGAACGUUGAGCGAACUUAGCUCUCUUCGUUUGGGGGGCUUCGAUCGCCAAGCUACUUUUGCUUCUGGCUACAAUCACAGCCUACCCAUACAUCGAUACAUUUUUGCUCCGUGUUCAUGUCGUCAAUGGUGAUCAAAGUGUAGAAACAACUCCGUCACGAAGGAGCACGCGGCACGCCGAAGUAAGUCGAAGAAGAAAACGGCGUGGAGAAGCAUGACGUCGACCGAUCAGCCCGACGUCGUGAAAAACGCGAACGCCUCGAAGUCUCCCACUGAGAUCAAGCCAUUUAAUCCGGACCAGUUUAGGUUCGGCGCGCGAAUGAAGAUCAUUCCUAUGAACGAUCAAAUCAAGGAGCUGCAAACAAUCAUUCGCGACAGGAAUACUACAAGGAGCGAGUUCGUGUUUUACGCCGACAGACUGAUUCGCAUUGUAGUGGAAGAAGGGCUUAACCAGCUGUCGUACUCUGAAUGUGCAGUUACUACGCCGACAGGAUCAAUCUACCAAGGAAUCAAGUUUCUUAGAGGGAGCUGUGGUGUAAGCAUCGUGCGAAGUGGCGAAGCCAUGGAGCAAGGCCUGAGGGACUGCUGCCGUUCUAUCCGCAUUGGAAAGAUCCUUAUACAGAGUGACGAAGAAACACACGAAGCUAGCGUCGUGUAUGCCAAGUUUCCAGUCGAUGUUCACAGCCGAAAAGUGCUGCUGAUGUACCCAAUUAUGAGUACUGGAAACACCGUGAACAAAGCUGUUGAGGUUCUGAAAGACCACGGAGUGCAGGAGGAAAACAUCUUUUUGUUGAACUUGUUCUGCACACCUCAUGCAGCUAAGUCGGUGAUGAAGGCAUUCCCAACCAUGACGGUCCUCACAUCAGAACUUCAUCCCGUCGCUCCCAACCACUUCGGCCAGAAGUACUUUGGAACCGACUGACGAUGAAACCACUGCGUGUUAACUUUUAUUGCCUUUUAGUGUAUGCCUCAAAUAUGUGGACUCUUUUACAAUGAUCUUACAUUGCAUGAUUUUAAGUAAUUAUAUAUGUUAUAAUAAAUGUUACUUGUUGACAAAUGAAA